AUGGAGAACGCCAAGGCGAACCCGGCAGCCAGCGCCAAUGUGUUUUCUAAAAUAUUUUUCUGCUGGUUAAACCCUUUGUUCAGCAUUGGAUACAAGCGAACUCUGGAGGAAGAGGACAUGUAUGAUGUUCUCCCCGAAGACCGGUCUGAACGUCUGGGCCAGGAGUUACAAAGACAUUGGGACCUGAAUGUGGAGAAAAUGGCCAAAACAACACAAACCCCCAGUCUCUCCAGAGCCAUCAUCUGCUGCUAUUGGAAACCCUACGCAGUGCUGGGCUUCUUCACUCUGGUUGAGGAGUCCAUCAGAGUGGUGCAGCCUGUUUUCCUUGGCAAGAUUAUCCAGUAUUUUGAGAGUUAUGAUCCAUCAGACUCUGCAGCUCUGCACCGGGCCCUGGGCUACGCCGCAGGUCUGUCGUUCUGCUCUAUCAGCCUGGCCCUCACCCAUCACCUCUACUUCUACCACGUUCAGAGGAUAGGCAUGAAGGUCAGAGUGGCAAUGUGUCACAUGAUCUACAAGAAGGCUUUGUGUCUGAGCAGCGCAGCCAUGGGAAAGACCACCACAGGUCAGAUUGUCAACCUUCUGUCCAAUGACGUCAACAAGUUUGACCAAGUCACCAUCUUCCUGCACUUCCUGUGGGUGGCGCCGAUCCAGGUGGCUGCUGUGGUGGGGCUGCUCUGGGCAGAGAUUGGCCCUUCGUGUCUGGUUGGAAUGGUGGUCCUUAUGAUCCUCAUGCCAACACAGACCAUGUUCGGAAGGCUUUUCUCAAAGUUUAGGAGUCAGACGGCUGUUUUGACUGACACUAGAAUCCGGACAAUGAAUGAAGUUGUGUCAGGGAUGAGAAUCAUAAAGAUGUACGCCUGGGAGAAACCUUUUGCCGCUUUGGUCUCCGACAUCAGAAGAAAAGAAAUCUCCAAAGUGCUGAAGAGCUCGCACCUGCGUGGCCUCAACAUGGCGUCCUUCUUCUGUGCCAGUAAAAUCAUAUUGUUCUGCACCUUCACUGUGUACGUGCUAUUGGGGAACACGCUGUCGGCGAGUCGCGUGUUUGUGACCGUGUCUCUGUACGCGUCUGUGCGCCUCACAGUCACGCUCUUCUUUCCCAACGCCAUCGAGACACUGUUCGAGAGCCGUGUCAGUGUGCGCCGGAUACAGGAGUUCUUACAGCUGGAUGAGAUUUGCCAAAUCAACUCAGUUCCACACAAAAAUCAUGAGAAAAACCUUUCGUCGGUGGAUAUUAAAGAACUAGAGUGUUACUGGGACAAGACUUUGGACGUUCCUACUCUUCAAAACGUGUCCUUGUCUCUGAACUCUAAUCAACUAUUGGCUGUGAUUGGACCAGUGGGAGCAGGGAAAUCUUCGCUGCUGAGCUCUAUUUUAGGGGAAUUGCCUCGACACAAGGGGGUAAUGAAGGUGGAAGGUCAGCUGACGUACGCCUCGCAGCAGCCCUGGGUCUUUCCAGGAACCAUACGCAGUAACAUCCUGUUUGGUAAAGAGCUGAUCCCACAGAAGUACGAGAGGGUCCUGCGUGCGUGUGCCCUCAAGAAGGACAUGGACCUGCUGCCAGAGGGAGACCUGACCCUCAUCGGGGACAAAGGGGCCACUCUGAGCGGAGGUCAGAAGGCGCGUGUGAACUUGGCCAGGGCGGUGUAUCAGGAUGCCGAUAUCUACCUCUUGGAUGAUCCCUUAAGUGCUGUGGAUGCGGAGGUCGGGAGGCACUUGUUUGAGCAGUGCAUUUGCGGGUUGCUGAAGAAGAAAAUCCGUAUUCUGGUCACUCACCAGCUUCAGUAUCUGAAGGCAGUUGACCAAAUUGUUGUUCUUAAAGAGGGCCAGAUGGUGGCGAAGGGCACGUACACGGAGCUGCAGCACUCUGGGGUGGACUUCACGUCUCUGCUGCAGCUGGAGGACGAGGACGAGCCCGUCGCCUCAGAGAACGCCAUCCGCAUCAGAACUCUGUCCCAGAACUCUGUGUGCACCGACGACGGCUCUAGAGACGGAGACCAGCUGCCUGCUGAGGCCGUUCAGACUGUGGUGGAGGAGAGCCGCGCACAGGGCACAAUCAAAGUGGGACUCUACGUGAAAUACAUGAAAGCUGGGGCCAAUGUGCUGCUGGUGGUCUUCAUGCUCUUCAUCAACCUCCUGGCCCAGGUGACCUACAUCAUGAAUGACUGGUGGCUGGCGUACUGGGCUGAAAAACAAGAUGAAGUGAACAAUCAGAAUAUCACUAUAACCAACGGGACCCAAAAGCUGGACCGAGACUUCUACCUGGGCACUUAUGGAGGUCUCACUGCUGCCACCAUCUUUCUGGGCUUCUUCAGGAACAUCCUCAUGUUUCAUAUCUUUGUGAGAAGUGCUCAGACUCUGCACAAUCACAUGUUUAACUCUAUUCUCAAGACCCCAGUGCGCUUCUUUGACACUAACCCCAUUGGACGAGUUCUGAACAGGUUUUCUAAAGACAUCGGGCUGCUGGAUAAUAACUUACCGGUGACAUUUAUAGACUUUCUUCAGUUGUUCCUGAUGAUUCUGGGGGUGGUUGCCGUGGCGGCCUCAGUCAUCCCUUGGAUCCUCGUCCCAGUGUUGGUCCUGUUUCUGGUUUUCCUUUAUGUCCGACGAUAUUUCCUCCAAACCUCGAGAAACAUCAAGCGCCUGGAAGCGACAACUCGCAGUCCAGUCUUCUCUCAUCUCUCCUCUUCGCUCCAUGGGUUGUGGACGAUCCGAGCGUUCGGUGCCACUGAAAGAUUCCAGAACAUUUUUGACGCUCACCAGGACUUGCACUCAGCGUCCUGGUUCUUGUUCCUGACCACGUCGCGCUGGUUUGCGGUGCGGCUCGACGGGCUUUGUGCUGUCUUUGUGACUGCCACCACUUUCGGUUGUCUGCUGCUGCGGAACCAGCUGGAUGCUGGAUCAGUGGGUUUGGCUCUGAGUUAUGCAGUCACUCUGAUGGGCAUGUUCCAGUGGGGUGUUCGGCAGAGCGCAGAGGUGGAGAACAUGAUGACCUCAGUGGAGCGAGUGGUGGAGUACACAGAGCUGGAGAGUGAAGCGCCCUGGGAAACAAAGCUGAAGCCGCCUCCUGAUUGGCCGAGCAGAGGCCUUGUGACCUUUGAUGGGGUCAGUUUCUCGUACAGUCCUGAAGGCCCCACGGUUCUGCACAAGCUGAGAGCCACCUUCCGACCCAGAGAGAAGGUGGGCAUCGUGGGUAGGACGGGGGCCGGGAAGAGCUCCCUGGUGUCAGCUCUGUUUCGUCUCUCGGAGCCAAACGGAAAAAUUUACAUCGACGGAAUCCUGACGUCAGAACUCGGCCUCCACGACCUGCGCCAGAAGAUGUCCAUCAUCCCCCAGGACCCAGUGCUGUUCACUGGGACCAUGAGGAAGAACCUGGACCCCUUUACCCAGCACUCAGACGAGCAGCUGUGGACGGCGCUGGAGGAGGUGCAGCUGAAGGCGGUGGUGGAGGAGCUCCCUGGGCGCCUGGACACUCUUCUGGCAGAGUCUGGCUCUAACUUCAGUGUGGGCCAGCGGCAGCUCGUGUGUUUGGCUCGUGCUGUUCUGAGGAAGAACCGCAUCCUGGUCAUAGACGAAGCCACUGCUAACGUCGACCCCAGGACGGAUGAACUGAUCCAGCAGACGAUCAGAGACAAGUUUAAAGAUUGUACGGUCAUCACCAUCGCUCACCGCCUCAACACCAUCAUCGACAGCGACCGCAUCCUGGUUCUCGACGCUGGUAGAAUCAGUGCAUACGACGAGCCAUACACCCUGUUGCAGGACAAACAGGGCAUUUUCUACAAAAUGGUUCAGCAGACGGGGAAACAAGAAGCAGUUUCUCUGCUAGAAUCAGCUAAAAAGGCCUACAACAACAGGAGUCGUUCGAAUACUUCAAACGGCCAUCUAGAGAACGAGUGUGAGAAGAGCCUCAUCAUCUGUGAAACUGCUCUGUAG